GUGUAACAAAGCGGUCAAAUCUUGAAUUCCAAUUGUCAAUCCCAUCUUUGACCACAAGUAGUGUGCAUCUUAAAAAGAAGAGUAAGAAUGAGAACCAAACCCACUUCUUGUUCUUCUCGCAGUAAUCUCCAGUGUCCUGGGAUGGGCACGGAUGCCAGUAGGGAAGAGGAGCACUGCAUGUUCGAGACAAGCCAUGUCUUGGGGGCACUCCUGGCGGCCUCCCCGCUGCUGGCACAGUCCUGGAGUCACUGCACGCACGCCAAUGCCAGCAACUCGAGCUUCGUCGUCGAACACCACGACGACACGGUCUACGUCGCCUUCUCUGGGACGCAGACCAGCGCUCUGUCAUCGUCGGUGGCCGGAGGCCUCGGUGGCGAACUCUUCGGCCCGGUUCCUAUCUCCACCGGCGGCGGGCAGGAGCUAUUUGCGCCACUGGUAGGAGGCAAGGGGGACGACGCGCAGCCGGUGCUCGUCCAGGCCGCCGCUCUCCACCUGUUUCUCUCCUUGUACAACAGCUCUGAGUUCCAGCUGCUGGUGUCGGAGACCAGAAGCAAGUCGGUGGUGCUCACCGGCCACUCCAUGGGAGGUUGCGUCGCCUCCCUCGUCGCCCUUCAUUUCCUCUGCUCCUCCUCUGGUUCCAGUUCCCCGUCACCUGCUUCCCUCCUCUGCAUCACAUUUGGGAGCCCGCUGCUUGGAGACGACGCCCUGUCGCGGGCGGUUCUGCGAGAGCGAUGGAGCGGGAGGUUCUGCCAUGUCGUCGCGCAGCACGACAUCAUGCCGAGGCUGCUCCUCUGCCCUGUGAACUCCAUGCCGCCUCGUCUGGUGACCUCGGUCUACGAUCUGAUGCAGUCAUGGCACUUCGCCGUGCGGUAUCCUGGGUUCUCGAGGCCUUCGUUUCGGUUGUCCGAUGACCAGAGAACGGAGUUGCAUCGGUUCAUCGGAAUGCACGUCGCAGCGGCGGAGCAGCAGCAGAUAAGCCCUUAUCGCCCGUUUGGGAACCACGCGUUGUGCUCAGCAGAGGGCGCAGCGUGCAUCGAUGACCCGUUCAUGGUGGUGAAGCUGCUUCACCUCACGUUCAUGGUGGAUCCUGGGAGUAGCAGCAUCGAGGAGCAGCAUAUCUCGUAUGGGGAUCUCGUAGCGGAGAUCUCACAGAAUGUCCUCUCGAAGAAGCGCAUCCACGUCGAAGAAGAGCCGACAAGAUCAUCUGGCUAUAGCGCCGGGGUGUCGAUGGCAUUGGAGGCAUCAGGGAUCCGAAUCCAGGACAUGGGUGCGGUGGAGGCUCGAGAGUGCCUGGAGACGAGGAUGUGGCGGCGGCCGAACAUGAACUGCGCCAGUCUCGCCAUCAAGCUGGCCAAGGUGACGCCAUGCCGCGCCCAGAUCGAGUGGUACAAGACGCUGUGCGACGACGACAUGGGCUACUACGACUGCUUCAAGCACCGGAAGGCCGCCAAGAGGGACGCCAAGGUGAACAUGAACCGCAUCAAGCUCGGCCAUUUCUGGGACGGCCUCCUCGCCAAGCUCCAGGACAACGAGCUCCCCCACGACUUCCACAAGCGGAGCAAGUGGGUGAACGCGGCGCAGUUCUACAAGCUCCUCGUGGAGCCCCUCGACAUCGCGGAGUACUACCGGUGCAAGCUGCACGAGACCAGAGGCCAUUACCUGCCCCAUGGACGGGAGAGGAGGUACGAGGUGUUCGACAGGUGGUGGAACGAGGGGAAGGAGGAGGUCCGGGAGGCGGCGACUUGGAAGAAGAGGAGGAGCAAGUUUGCGGGGCUGACGCAGGACUCCUGCUUCUGGGCGAAGGUGGAGGAGGCGAGGGAAUGCGUGAAGAGAGCUCGGGCGGAGAAGAACCCCGCGAAGCUGGUGAAGCUCUGGGAGAGCAUCAAUGGCUUCGAGAGCUUCGCGAAUCGGCUGAUGGAGAGGAAAGAGGUGUCGGUGGACGUAAUGGCGCCGCGAUCGAGCUACAGCUUGUGGGUGGAGGAAGUGAAGGAACUGAAGCUGAAGCAGGCGUGCUCUGUUUCUUCCUCCUCUGGUUUGGUUGGAGUAAGCGGAGGAGGGCACGUAGAGAGCGAUGAGCUUAAAGAGCUCCAUUACUGAUCUCAAGCUUACAGUCCAUCAAUUCUGCUGCAACAACAACAACAACAUCAACAACAAGAAGAGCUUCUGAUGUUAUUGAUGUAUGUGUUUUGUUAAUGAAAACUGAGUCUGAAAGAGGAUGUAGUAUUUGACUGCUAAAAGAAACAAUAAAUAUUUGACAUCAUAUCAGAAAAAGACCAAAAAAAAAGGAAAGUAUUUCUUA